AUGGGCCGGCACCAUCAUCUAAGACUUCCUGAACACUUAUACCUUUCGCCUCCUCAACCUCCUCAACCGUCUCCUUAUUCUUUGGCCUCUGCUUCUUCCUUUCUCGCCGUCAAAUCCGGCGUCUAUUAUACAUCACCCGUGGCCUUAUUCCAGGAGACCGGCCGUACUACAGCCCUUGCCGUUGGCGACCGAAUUCCGGGCUUCAAAACCUCUGCUGCUUUCUUCAACACCCUCCGAGCAAACCUCAUUCUUGGUACCGAUUCCACCCCACCCUCUCUCACAAACACCCCGGACUCGCUUCGACCCAUCAACAUGGCCUCAUCAACAGGCUCUCUGCCACCUCCGUCGCCUUCUCCUCUUGCCCAAACCUCAGAAUCGUCCCAAGACACUUCAAUCGUUGACACCAAGUCGGAGAACCCAUUGGACUCCAUCCCGGAACUCACCACCCAACUUGCCCUUGCCGAAGAUGACAAAGUCGAAGCCUUGCACCUCCUGGCCGAUUCCGUGGCCCAACAGCGUCAAAUCGCAUCUUCCGCCGUGAUUUUCCACCCACUGACCAUGGGCAUACUCGUUCUCCUCUUCGGUAUUGUCUACCAAAACCUCUACAAAGGCUCUAGCUCCGACUGGGCCAUCGUAGGCACCACAACCGCCGGUGUCCUGAUGGCGGUGCUAAUUACCGUCCGCUGGCUCACAAAUGGCUACAUUGAAGAGGCCGAAAAGGUCGGGACGUGGAAAUGGUUGAAUCGCGGCCGCAAUGAUGACGACAUUCUCCUCACCCGCUUCGGCGACGAGGCCAUCGGCGCGCUCGUCUUGCGAGGCCAACUUGACAAUCCCCCUUCGUCCACUUCUGGUCCACGGAAAUCCCGCACCAAAAACCUCCCCACCACAGGCUUCAUCCGCGGUUGGACCGUCAAGCGCCGCUAUCGCCGCAAGGGCGUCGGACAUGGCCUCCUGGAAGAGGCUGUCAAGCUCUGUCGCCAACGAGACUGGUCGGGUCCGGAGUUUGCUCCUGACCAUGCAAACAGCGCCCGUGUCCUCCCCACCAUAUUCAACGGCGGCUUCAUCAAGCGUGAACGUAGGGCUAAUGAAAUGCUGGUGCGAGUAAAGGAGGAGAUCGGAGUUUCUGCAUCCGGAACUGGGAAGAAGGGGAAGAGAUGA